AUGCCUUCUCACGAGCUCGAAUACCCCAAACAGCCGUACAGCACGGUCAAGCGACUCAAUGACAGAGCCCGCUACUCCCUCGAAACCAUCCACGGCAUCAUCAACUCCUCGCCCUUCAUCAAUGUCGCCUUCCAAGACUCCACCUCCCCCUUCCCCGCCGUCCUCCCCAUGAUCGGCCAAAUGGGUUCCUUUUCCCGUCCCUCCGCCGACCUAGGCGACGUCCUCGACCUUUACCUCCACGGCUAUGUCUCCUCCCGCCUCAUGAACCUCUCUCGAGAUUCCUCCUCCGAGGGCAUCCCCCUCACCCUCACCGCCACCCUCCUAGACGGCUACGUCCUCUCCCUCACGCCCAACUCGCACUCCUACAACUACCGCUCCGCCAUCCUCUUCGGUUUUGGGGUACCCGUCACCGACCCCGCCGAAAAGCUCUGGGCAAUGGAACUCGUAACCAACAGUGUUGUUCCCCAGCGGUAUCAAAACACCCGCACCCCGCCCAAUAACGCGGAGAUGCAAUCGACCAGUAUUUUGAGAGUCAAGAUCAAGGCGGGGAGUGCAAAGAUUAGAAGUGGGGAGCCGCAUGAUGAACGGGGGGAUUUGAAUGAUGAGGAACUAAGACAAAAGACGUGGGUCGGGGUGGUGCCGGCUUGGAUGACAUUUGGGGAGCCGGUAAGGGCGGGGUAUAAUAAAGUGGAAGAGGUGCCGGGGUAUUUGGAGGAGUGGAGGGUGGAGGGGAAUGAGGAGAGGAGGAGGGAGGCGUAUGAGGCUGUGAAGGAGGUGGUUAAACCGAAGAAGGGGGAUGAUGAUGAACAGCUUGCCUCCCACAGAGCCAUUCCUAUCAGUCCCCUAACACGGCCAGCAUAUCCUUCAACUCGAUCACCACCAAACAUCCGAAGCCUGAUCCAAGCCCGCAAUAACUCAUCCACCAGCGAACCUCGCAUUUCCCAGUAUGACAGCAACAACCCCAACCACCGCUACUGGUGGUCCGCCUGCGCUCCCUCCCUCACCUCCCUCCUCUCCCACUCCCAAUCCUACACCCCCUCCCAACAAUCCCUCCACAUCUCCUGGUUCCGCAACAACGUCAUCCCCAACCUCGGUCCCCGCCCUUUUUCCUCCUACCGGCUGCGCUCCCCCUUGAACUACGAAGGCUCCCCCUACCGACCAACCUGGAACUUUUGCUCUGCCCCCGCUAGCUCCAGUUCAUCACCAAAGGUCAAGGGGACGCUGAGGUUUAGCUUCGAGCCGAUACCCCCGGAUGGAACCACUGCAGAAGACCCCACGAACCAAGAGGGGUAUAAGAGGUUGUUCCCUUUGCUGGCCAAGGAGUGUCAGGGGAAGGGCGAGACAACAGCGGAUUUAACCUGGUAUGAUGAAGUUAAAGAGCAGAUGUACUUAUCGCCGGAGGAGCGGGCUGUGCUGAGGGAGAGACUUGUCCCGGGGCAAUUACCGCCGGAGCACGCUGCCAUCGCCAUCGGGUGCGCUGGAGAGAAGAGGGUGUUGAAGCCUUACUUUUUCGCAGGACCAAAGAGUUUGGUAACGGGGUUCUAUGAGAUGCGUCCGGGGAGGGAGGAGCCGGAGGUGAAGGUUUAUCUGCCACUGAUGCAGGUUUUCGAAACGGAGGAAGCUGUGAUUGAGGGACUGGAGGAGGUGUGGAGGGGGUUUGGGUGGGGAGAGUUGGGGAAAGGGGGGUAUGGGGAGGCGAUUAGGGAGGCUUUUCCGCAUGUGGAUUUCAAGAAGGCGCCGGGGACGCAUACAUGGGUGUCGUUUUCCUACUCGGAUCGGACGGGGCCGUACAUUACUGUGUAUUUGGCGCCCAGGUUUCAGGAGGCGUAUGAUUUGGGUCUGCGGGAGGGGAGCUGA